AACUUUAAUUUUGUUAGUGCAAAGGUGAAGAGUGUUUCAUAACCACCACAAUACAAAAAGCUCUUAAUUGGUUUAAUCCAAAUCGUUCUUCUGAACCGGCAGCCAUGCACAGCCUGAAAAGUAGAUUUUCUCGGUGGCAGCCGCCGCCGUCGUAUAUCACUAGUCAUACGACAACAUGGUGUUGUUGCAUUAUUGCAUUGCUGGUAACGUCGUACUGCUCAUUUGCACAAUCACAAAACACUAGUCGGGUCGCUACUGCUCCUAUCGAAGCACAAGCAUUGAGUUCAAUUCUACAGCAAUGGGGGACGCCGGCGAACACACGGCAGUGGAAUACAACCGGAGAUCCUUGUUCUGGGGCUGCGCUUGAUAAUUCAAUUAUAAUUGAUAACACUGAUUAUAAUCCCUUCAUCAAAUGUGAUUGUUCUUAUAAUGGCAGCACUAUCUGCCACAUUACUGCUUUGAAGGUCUAUGCAAUUGAUGCUAUAGGUGUGCUACCAGACGAGCUUUGGAAUUUGAUUUACCUCACUAAUUUGAGACUGGGACAAAAUUACUUGACAGGCUCUGUUUCUUCAGGCAUUGGAAACCUAACUCGCUUGCAAUACCUGGAUAUUGGUACUAAUGCAUUAUCUGGGCCACUUCCGAGAGAACUUGGUCAACUUACUGAGCUGCUAUCAUUGGGUCUUGGUCCAAAUAAUUUCUCUGGAUCCCUGCCAUCAGAGAUUGGAAACCUUACAAGAUUGGAGCAACUGUCCAUUAGCAGUUCUGGAGUUAGUGGUGCAAUUCCUUCAACAUUUGCUAAUUUGCAAAACCUAGUACGCGUGCGGGCAUCGGACAUUGAACUUACGGGUGUGAUACCGGAAUUCAUUGGAAAUUGGAGUCUGCUUGAAUCGCUGAGGCUUGAAGGCACCUCAUUUCAGGGACCAAUACCAUCAUCACUUUCUAAUCUAACCUCCUUGCAGGAAUUGAGGAUAAGUGGCUUGUCAAAUCACAGCUCUUCCUUGGAAUUUGUAACUAGUCUUACGUCCUUAAGAUUCUUAAGUCUGAAGAAUAACAAUAUAACAGGUUCCAUACCCCGUAGUUUAGGAGAACUGCAGUCUUUGGUUCAGCUGGACCUGAGCUUCAACAACAUAACAGGACGAAUUCCAGACUCCGUCUUCAAUCUCGGCUCUCUUUCUCACUUGUUUCUUGGAAACAAUAGACUUACCGGUGCUCUGCCUGCUCAGAAAAGCCCAUCUCUGGCUAAUAUUGAUGUAUCCUACAACCAUUUAUCUGGGAGCUUUCCUUCUUGGAUCAGCCAACAGAACAUAGAGCUUAAUUUCAUUGCGAAUAAUUUCUCUGUAACAAGCUCGAACAGCAGAUCUUUGCCGUUAGGGUUGAACUGUUUGCAGAAUGGAUUUCCUUGCAACAGCGGUGUAGGACGUUAUUCUGACUUUGCAAUCAAGUGUGGUGGUCCACAGAUUAGAGCAUCCAAUCAAAUAGUAUAUGAAAGUGAUAAUGAGGCCCUUGGUCCUGCAACUUAUUUUGUUACUAGCAAUAAUAAUUGGGCUGUCAGUAAUGUCGGAUUGUUCACCUCAAACAACAACGUGUCCUAUACGUUUACCUCUCCACGCCAGUUUAUUAGUCUAGAUUCUGAACUAUUCCAAACAGCAAGGCUAUCAGCUGGAUCCCUAAGAUACUAUGGGUUAGGGCUUGAGAAUGGUAAUUACAGUGUGCUCCUGCAAUUUGCAGAAAUACAAAUUGAGAAUGGUAGAACUUGGAGAAGUCUUGGAAGGCGUGUGUUUGAUAUUCUUAUCCAGGGAAAUCGGGUGGAAAGAGAUUUUGAUAUACGUAGAGAGGCAGGAAGUCAGUCAUACAUACCUAUUCAGAGAAAUUAUACAACUCUAGUGACAGAAAACUACCUUGAAAUACAUCUAUUUUGGGCUGGAAAAGGAACAUGCUGCAUACCUAACCAGGGAACAUAUGGACCUUCAAUAUCAGCCAUCAGCGUUACCCCACUGUUUCAACCAAGGCCUGUAAGCUCAACAAACUCUCAUAGGAUUGCUAUAAUUAUUGGAGUAGUUGUUCCUGUUGCAGUCGUUUCCCUUGUUACUUUGGGUGCAUGUUGGUUUAUUCAAAGAAGGAAGAAAUUGCGUGCAGCAGAAGAAGAGCUUUUAGGCAUCGAUGCCAAACCAUACACUUUCAGUUAUGCUGAAUUGAGGUCAGCUACUGGAGAUUUUGACCCUGCAAAUAAGCUCGGUGAAGGAGGCUUUGGAGCUGUAUAUAAGGGAAACCUGAGUGAUGGCAGAGUUGUUGCUGUUAAACAAUUGUCAGUAGCAUCUAAACAAGGGAAAAAUCAAUUCAUAACUGAAAUAGCUACUAUAUCUGCUGUACUACAUCGAAACCUUGUGAAGUUGCUUGGAUGCUGCAUUGAUGGACAAAAGCGUCUUCUUGUUUACGAGUACUUAGAGAAUAAAAGUCUUGAUAAAGUCUUGUUUGGAGACAGUAAAUUAGAACUUAAUUGGGCUAAGCGAUUCGAGGUGUGCCUGGGAGUAGCAAGAGGCUUGACUUAUCUUCAUCAAGAUUCCCGCCUUCGAAUCGUGCACAGAGAUGUUAAAUCCAGUAAUAUUCUGCUCGAUUCUGAUCUCCAUCCCAAAAUUUCCGAUUUUGGUCUAGCCAAACUAUAUGAUGACAAAAAGACUCACAUGAGUACUGUUGUUGCUGGGACAAUUGGAUACAUUGCACCAGAAUACGCCAUGCGUGGCCAUCUGACAGAGAAGGUGGAUGUGUUUGCUUUUGGUGUUGUUGCUCUGGAAAUUGUUAGUGGAAGGUCCAAUUGUGACUCGAGCUUGAGUAUGGAAGAGAUGUAUCUUCUUGAUUGGGCAUGGCAUCUGUAUGAGAACAAACAAGGUGUUGAACUUGUGGAUAAGAAAUUGAAAGAAGUUAAUGAGGCAGAGGUGAAUAGACUGAUUGCAAUAGCAUUUUUGUGCACUCAAACAUCACCAGCACACCGUCCAACAAUGUCUCGUGUCUUGGCUAUGCUAUCUGGGGAUGUUGAAGUGGGAAUCAUUCCAUCAAAGCCAACAUACUUAGUAGACUGGGAAUUUGAUUACUCCAGUGAUAUGACUAGUGAAACACCGGGCUUUUCAAAAUUUUGUGAUGCUUCAAGUACUCUUUACACAACUACAUAUGGACCAAAUUCACUUGCAGAUAACGCCCUUCUGAAUCUUCGGUGAUUACUACUACUCAUUGUUGGUUGAAAGCAGGAAGCAGCAAGAACUCCAAAGUUGCAUUUAUGUUGUACAAAAUUUGGCUUCACAUUGAAAAACUUAUAUUAAGUGAUUUCAUUCAUUAAGCAGGUUGUAUUAUGCAAAUACUCAUUUCUAUGUGUGAUUUGUUGUCAAAAUAUUGGAGAAAUACAUCAUGUUUCUUUCUGAACAAACUUCUUUUUACAUUUAGAUUGUUUCCAUUGAA